GAUACUGUGGAGUUUUCUGAUGGUCCUUAUUUAUUUACACUCAUGUGCCUACGGUUACAGUUCUGUUUACCCGGACAUGCCAACUCACGUUUUACAGCGGCAUAUUAAAGUUUCAAGGCAUCAACCUAUAUGUGUGAUAUUUAGACACUCAGGACAAGGUUCAAAGCUGGAAAAACUGACAUCAGAAUUCUGGAAGAAAAGAGAUCAAGCGGGAAACUUCACGAAAUGGCAGGUUGGAGCAUUCAGUUCAGAUGUGAAUCAACUUCCUCCAAAUAACCAGGAACCAAACCAUAUACCUGCUGUCAGGUGUUACCUUGGUGAAACUUCAACGUACCAGUAUGGGGGAAAACUUGGAAAAUCUCCUUUAUUGGACUGGUUCAAUGCAUUGUGGCAAGUAUAUUCAGAACAGAGUGAGGAUGUGACAUCAGCUCGUAUUACUGAAGCACAGAUGACCCACAACAUUGUGCUCCUGGCAUUUCCAGAUGGCCCUCGCCAUCACGAGGUGGAGGAUAUGGUGCAUGGACUUGCCAGAGAGUAUGAAUCCUGCAAAGCAAUGGCUAUUCAUUUGACCUCUAAGGAAGUGACAGGACUGCGACAGAAGUACGGGGUUAACAGAUAUCCCUCAGUCGUCAUCAUCCAUAAUACAGGUGAUAAUGGUUCACUGCACGAGGACUUUCGCGUGUUCUGGGGGCAGGAAGUUAAUAGACACGUUUUGCGAGUGUACAUCGAAGCCAGAAGUGUCCCUGUUCCUUAUCUUGACUUUACUGGAAUGGAGAGUAUGCUAGCUGACGAUCCUGAACACGAGUUUUCCCCUGUUCUUGUGUGUUUCUACGCUCACUGGGCCCACGAUGUACACGGAUAUCUGAAUGUUUUCAAUGACUCCGUGAAAGCUUUUAGAGACGAGGGCAUCCGUCUCAGAUUUGGUGUUAUAGACCUGGUUAAAGACUCUUCCAAAAAAGUGUCGAUACGCUACCUGAAGUCCGGCUACAUGAAGUUUGUGCCAUUCCUUGUUUUGUUUUCUAAAGACACCAACUCCAACAUUGAAACUCAAGUUUUCCACAUUGGGCGCCCCUACCCCUGGGAUAUGUUGGAGUCGCUGUCAGCCAGUGGGGUGAUCAUUCAAGGCCUUGACACAGCCGGGCCUUUCCGAAAGCCUUGGGGACAUGUUGGACCUGACCAGUACUGUGGGCUUCUAGAAGGCCCUAAUGGAACUGAAUGUGUGAACUGGGCCCACAACAUGACUGACAGUGACCCAUAUAUUCACCCGGCAAUUGUUGUCAAGAAAAAAGUCAUGCCAAAGAAGAUCGCCAUUAAAGAGGCGCAAAAAGAAAAGACAUGGCAUGAUGUGUUUGACACGGAUGCCCUGGAAAAGAAAAUGGAAGUGCAUGCUGGGAUUCCUGUCGUUACCAAGGCAACAUGGACGGAGAUCAUUGAGAAAUCCCACGCCCCACGCCAUGUAUUCUAUAAGGCGGGAAAAUGGGCGGGAGAAGUCGCAAAAGUGUCUUUGGUUGUGUACGUCAUGGCAGAUUGUGGAAAUUGCCGAAGAAAUAAUCAAACUUUUCUCGACAUUCAGACUGCUGUUCGUCACAUUGAUGGAGGGUCAAUGUACUAUGUGAACUGUACAGCUGAGCCCAUCCUGUGCCGUAACCAGAAGAUUCGAGGAUUUCCAACUAUCGUUGCAUAUCGGGGUCUUGGCUGGUUACGUCCUGGGGAUUGUCUUACUAAGACAGCUGCGGCACGUUUUGGGAGUUCCGUCAGAAUUGAUUAUCAUGGAGUCAUCAGAACUGAAGCGGUUCUAGACUGGUUUUCCCGAGUAGCUGACAGUGCCGUUACUGACCUUCCAUCUUCAGACACCCUCCCAGACUUUCAGGAUAAAGAUGUUAAGUUGGUUGCCCAGGUUGCAGAAGGUGAGAAAGGCUGGGAUUUUCAGUGUUUACGUCUGCUGUGUGAGCAUUUACACCCAGUUGUUGACUGCUACAGUGUGACAGAGGGGCAGUCAACAAAUAUCACUGGAAUGGUUGUAAAUGAGUUGAUGAUGGAGCGUCGUGAUGGGGCCAGCGUUGUAUUGAUGAAGCGAGGAGUUGGGUUAGAUGUGACCUUGGAAAGCAUGGAUGAUAACCGCAUACAUCAGUUCCACAUGCCACACAGGUACCCCUUGUUGGCAGGGAAAACAUGUGAGGAUGACAGUGGAAGGUGUACAGGGCUGCUGGCUGACUUCAUUCUGGACCAUGCUCGUCUUCCUGUUACUACUAUUACAAAUGACCUGUUUCACACAGCAACAAGUAUUUACAAAGAAGAGAACCUGCCAAUACUAAUAGUCAUGGGUUAUGCUGACAACUUUACUGAUUCCUCUGCCUUCUACCAGGCAAUAACUGAGGUGGCUUAUGAGAUGUACGGCAGAGUCGCUGUGAUGACACUUGAUGCAGGACGAUAUUCGGUCUGGGCCACGCAAUUUGUACCCAAGCUUUAUGGACACUCCAGAGUCUUUGCAGAAUCUGCACGGCCCGAUGACCCGGAUCCAUUGUCCAUGUACAUUUACCCACGUCUCGUGAUCGUAAAGCGAGAGGACCACAACCAUGCAGCAUUCUACCCUCCACUAUCACGCAGGAGAGCGAAAAGGGAGGAGUUUUCAGGGGAGAUAAUUCUGGAGUUUGUGAAAGAUUACUUAAAGAAUCCAAGGAAGUGGAUUGUUGAUUCAGAACACUUCUAGGGAUACUCAUAGCAUAGAUGUAUUCAGAGUGGAGGCUGUUAUAUUUGUCAUUCUUAAAGUGAACAUUCAGACCUCCUUAGCCAUUUUUUAUCGAAAACAACCUCCGAUGUAAAUGGACAAUGUCAGAAAUCUUCACAUCUAACUACUCUGCAAGUAGAUUGCAUAGUAAUUUCAACAUAGCAUUUAGAACUAAGACUAUGAAAAAUACAUGUUUGAUUUUAAAUUAUGAAACAUACAUUAAUUAUUAUAUCAAGCAAAUAAUUUGUUUUGAGAAAUGAAAGUUAUACAGUAUGGUUAGUAUUGCUGUAUGUUACAUUAUAUAUCAUUAUUUUUGUAUGAUACAUUUUGACAACGCUCAAUGUGUUAGCAUUCCGUCCUUUUUACAAAGUUUUUGAUGUAUUUAUUUGUUUAUUUUCUUUUCUGAAAUGUUUUGAUUAUAAUAUAUUCAUGCACAGAAAACUGCCGGUAUAUAUAACAUAUAAUUAUUUGGUUAUGUCAUUGACUUUUUAUACAGAAUGAUAUGUACACAUUUUUUUUAAAAAUAAAUCAGAAAUGCAUAUUAUUUGGAAACAUUUUUGAUUUUUUUUAUAAUUGCAUUUUUGGUGGUUGUAAAUUAUAAAAAGGUUAAUGAAUUUACUGGAUUUUUUUAAAGAUGAUUAUCUAAAAGGCUUGUUCAUCCAAAUGUAUACCUAGCAUACCUGAAAGGUAAACAAAACAUUCGUUGUUUUAGUUCAACUUUCUGUACUUAAGUCAAUUUUAUUCAUCUACUAUGUCAUUUAAUGUUUUUUUCAAAUGAUUAAUCAUGUUCAGGCAUUCUAGCAGCUGGUGAUUUUCCAUUAUGAAAAAUAGCCGAUGUUCUGCUUGAGUCUAAAGCAGGGUUACGGGGCAAUGACCCCUUUUUGAAAUUCCUUUAAAAUCAUUUAUAUUCAUUUCAAGGUAACUUUCAGUUUUUUUUAAUGCAAAUGUACAUGCGACACAAAUCUAUUACUACAGUUACUGUACAAUUGUCAAAUUAAAAGCCGUCGAUCCUGAUUUUAGGACUUAUCCUGAACUUAAGAACCCCUGUAUGUUAAAAUGUUUGGGAGUAAUUUAUUAAGCUGUUAGUAAUGAUUUACUUUUGAUGAUUAAAUUGACUCCUCCAGGCCUUAGUGUUUUAAUAGUAGUUAUUUCCCUUUGUCCAUUAACUAAUGAACUAAUCCACGUUCACUGUACUGUACUGUACUGUAUCCUUAGUUGUCAAACUUGAAGUCAUUUAAUAUAAUUUUCAUGCUUUUUUAAUGUUUUUAAAAUUAAAGACCAAAUAUUUGUUAUAGUUUAUCUAACAUAAUGUGUAGUUAGAGCCUUUUUUGAUAGAGUAUUUUUCAUCAUCCAAAAAAAUCAUUGAUAUUAUCUAUUAUCUAAAUUUGGUGAUGUAAUGUGCAUUUAUCCAGUGAUUUACAGCCUUGAAAAGCUGUUUCCCUGUGCGAUAAUGUUUCCAUUUAUAUACAUAUUUAUAUUUAUACUUCCUAAUUUGGUAGGCACUCAGUUUCCAUGAAUGAAUAAAUGAGGAAAGUAUUUCUUAAAAAAACAAAUAAGUUCUUCACAAUUCCCACUCUUUAUAUGCAUAAAAAAGAUGAAACAUGUACAUAUGCUAUCAUUUCAGCUAUGUUGGCAUGUUUUUGCAUUUUCCCAAAGUUGGUAAAUUGUCUCAAUUUAAAGGCACUUGAAUAAUAUUUUUUUUAAAGAAAUCACUGUUAUCUUUAUAUUUUUUUUUUGCUUUGAUGUGUAACUGUAUGAGAUUAACAUAUUCAAUCAUGUAUGCAUGUUAGUAAUAUGCUCCUUCCAUUAACAAGAAGCUAUUAUAUUUGUGUUACAUCUUCAUUUUACAUUCAGUUAAUCUAGUAUUCAUGCCACUUUGAAUCAAAACAUUUGGUUUUAUUUAAAAAUUCUGAAAUGUCACAUUGUUUAAUAUAUUUAUGCGCAGAACAUGUACAAUGUUUUCAAUUAAAAGAAUAAAUAUAUAUUUAUUGCAAUAUAUUUCACCUCAUGAACACCAAAAUUAAAUAUUUCACAAGUGGCUAUGUCACUCCUGAAAUACAAAUUUUGACCCUCUUUCAGUGAAAUAUAUUACGAUCUUACACAGAAACAAACAAUGAUCCUCUGUAUAAAGAUUAUGCUGGAUGUAAACUAAUUGUCCAUCGUUAUAGUAAUUUUUUUGAAUAAUGCAUACUUAAACUAUGUUUAUGUACAAUGCUGCUGGUCGGUAUUUCUCCCCCACAGAACAAAACAAACUACGCAAACAAUCCGUCCAAUUUUUCGUCUUAAAGAGAAUUUUCUACAAAUAAUUCCAGUUUGUUGAAUUCUGUAAAUUUCAUUUUUUCGUGCUUUACUUAUUCACUGAUUUAUGUUUGUACUAACAAAUUAACAAAGUUUAGUGAUUUAUGAAUAAAGAA